AAUAGAGAAAUAAAUAUAACCUCACUUAUGGAUGUGUGAAUGGAUAAAUGUGAAUACGUGGAAUUUCUUGAUUACUUUAACUGAUUCAUCAUAAUCCAACUCACCCAACAUCAAUAAUACAUUGAGUUUUUUAUCUUUCACGCUUUCUUCCGCACAUUUUACCCAUGAAACUGUGAGGAUUAUUGCUAGACCUUUACACCACCACAUUUUUGUACUUUCACCUUUAUGGAGCGAAUUUCAAAAAUGGGUAAGAAUAUACUGUGUCUUUUCGACGUGGACGGGACUCUAACGAAGGCCAGAAGACCAAUAGAUAAUGAAAUUCACGAUUUUUUACAAGAAAAGCUGAAACCUGUGUCUAAGUUGGGAUUAGUGAGUGGAUCAGAUUUUAAAAAAGUUGCUGAGCAAAUGGGUGGAGACAAUGUAAUCCACGAGUUCGACUAUGUCUUCCCCGAAAAUGGGUUGGUGCAAUUUAAGCAUGGUAAAGAAGUUGGAAGACAAAACAUACAAAAACAUGUUGGUGAAGAGAAACUACAACAAUUCAUCAACUAUGUCCUGUAUUAUUUAUCAACAAUAACUCUUCCUGUGAAGAGAGGAACAUUUGUAGAAUUUAGAGCUGGUAUGUUGAACAUUUCACCAGUAGGAAGGUCUUGUUCACAAGAAGAAAGGGAUGCAUUUGAACAGUAUGACAAACAACAUGAAAUCCGAAAAUCAAUGAUCGAUAAUUUGAAAAAGCAGUUUCCAGAUAUUAGCUUUACAUACAGCAUUGGUGGGCAGAUCAGCUUUGACGUGUUUCCAACUGGUUGGGAUAAGUCUUAUUGCUUACAGUACUUAGAAAAUGAAGGGUUUGAUGAAAUAUAUUUCUUUGGAGAUAAGACAGAUCAAGGAGGGAAUGAUCAUGAAAUUUACAUUGAUAAACGAGUAACUGGGAAGAAAGUAUCUGGACCUUAUGAUACCAUCAAGCAACUAGAGGAACUUAUCGAUAUGAAAUAA